AUGUACAGACCUAAAAACAGAAUCCAGGGAUGUGACUUGGCUUCUUACCUUGGCAGGGUGGCCCAGGCUACAAAGAUUGCUUUGUAUGAGACUCCAACGGGCUGGAAGUUCUUUGGAAACCUGAUGGAUGCAAACAAACUGUCUCUGUGUGGAGAGGAAAGCUUUGGGACUGGCUCUGACCACAUCCGAGAGAAGGACGGGCUGUGGGCAGUGCUGGCCUGGCUCUCCAUCCUGGCCGCCCGCAAGCAGAGCGUGGAGGACAUCAUGAAGGAGCACUGGCAGAAGUAUGGCAGGAACUUCUUCACCAGGUAUGACUAUGAGGAGGUGGAUGCAGAUGCUGCCAAUAAGAUGAUGAAGGAUUUGGAGUCGGUGAUGUUCGACCGCUCCUUCGUGGGGAAGCAGCUGUCGAGUGGGGACAAAUCCUACACGGUGGAGAAAGCUGACAACUUCGAGUACAACGACCCUGUGGAUGGCAGUGUCUCCAGGAACCAGGGCUUGAGGCUCAUCUUCUCCGACGGCUCCCGCAUCAUCUUCCGGCUGAGCGGCACCGGCAGCGCCGGGGCCACCGUGCGCCUCUACAUCGACAGCUACGAGAAGGAUGCUCAGAAGAUCAACCAGGACCCACAGGUGAUGCUGGCACCUCUCAUUUCCAUUGCACUGAAACUUUCCCAGCUCCACGAGAGAACCGGCCGCUCAGGGCCCACCGUCAUCACAUAGAGCCAGCCUGAGCUGGAGCUGCACUGGGGCAGGCAGAGCCCCUCCCUGUGUCAAAUUGUCACUGAAAGAGGAAUAUUGAUUUUAUCCCUGUAUUUAAGAACACUGUUUUGCUGCUAAGGAUAGCCAAUAAACCCCAGCCCUCAGCA